UACACUAUCUUUCAAAUUAUUCCACUGAUUUAUACUUCGUAUAUCCUUUUGUGGUACAUCAGCCAUUUGACUUGGUUGCCUGAGUGCACUAUCCAGUUCUUCCCAAAGAGAGAGUGAGAAAGAUGGAGUCUGACAAUGGAGCUUUCAUGGAGAAGUUCACACUACCUCCAUCUUCUUCUUCUGGGGACCUUCCUUUAUCUGGUUACACUUUUGCUGUCAAAGAUAUAUUUGAUAUGGAAGGGUUAGUAACUGGGUUUGGGAAUCCUGAUUGGGCAAGAACGCAUACAAAAGCCAAUUCCACUGCUCCUGCAGUUUUGGCUCUUUUAAAGGCUGGUGCUACUUGUGUUGGUAAAACAAUCAUGGAUGAAAUGGCUUACAGCAUAAAUGGAGAAAACAUACAUUAUGGUACCCCUAAGAACCCAUGUGCAGCAGAUCGUAUUCCUGGAGGAUCUUCUAGUGGUUCUGCUGUUGCAGUUGGUACAAACAUCGUAGAUCUUUCUUUGGGUACUGACACUGGAGGAAGUGUAAGAGUCCCAGCAGCAUUCUGUAAAAUAUAUGGGAUUCGGCCUUCACAUGGGGUUGUCUCUGUUGAUGGUGUUGUUCCUAUGGCACAGAGUUUUGAUACAGUCGGAUGGUUUGCAAGGGAUCCAUCAAUCUUGAAGAAAGUAGGAAAUGUGUUACUUCCUCCCCUUGAUCCACAUCUUGUGAGCCCUAGUCCAAUUAUAAUCGCUGAAGAUUGCUUCAAGCUUCUAAACAUCCCAAUUGAUAGAGUAAAACAAGUUCUAGUGAAGUCCGUGGAGAAAGUCUUUGGAGGUCAGGUUUUGAAAUAUAUGGACCUAGGGGACUAUGUAGAGGAAAAUGUUUCUAGUCUGAAGCAUUUCAUGGGCCAAGGUGGUGAUACAAAAGAAUACAGCAUACCAUCUUUGGUUUCCCUUUCAAGUGCCAUGCGAAUACUACAAAGGCAUGAGUUUAAGAUUAAUCAUGGUGAAUGGGUCUCUUCCAUUAAACCUAAUUUGGGGCCAGGACUAAAGGAGCGAAUUUGGGAAGCCGUGUUCUCUAAUAAUGACAACAUUGACAUUUGCCACUCUAUCAAGACUGAAUUGCGAAUGGCACUUACUUCCCUCCUGGGGAAUGCUGGUAUCCUUGCAAUCCCAACUGUUCCUGGUCCACCACCAAAAUUGCAGACUCCGCCAUCUACAUUAGAAACUUUCCGAGCUAGAGCUUUUAGCUUACUCUCCAUUGCUGGAGUAUCUGGAUUUUGUCAGGUAAGUAUACCAUUAGGAUUGUAUGACGGUCUUCCUGUGUCUGUAUCUCUGUUGGCUAAACACGGUUCAGAUAUGUUCCUACUCAAUCUUGUGGAGACUCUGUGUGAAACUCUGAAGGAACAUGUCGAUGCUACUGUAAAUUCGAACCUGUGAAUCCUAGUUUAAUUUGGGAAUUGGGAUAUAUAAUGUCCUUUUCUCAACAUCUUCAUUGUACAUCAUGAUCAGUCUUCGCCAAAAUGUAUCUGAAAUGGCUAAUAAUGAACUCUUUAGAGGGUAUUGAUUCCAUUGUCUGAACUAGAGUUGGCAAUUCCAUUGAAUGCCUUAUUUUCGUGAUUAUUUCUCAAAUCGUACUCAAAAUUAACAUAAAUAACUAUGUAUUUCUUUGUAUCAUUAAUGGAUUGAUUAUGUGUGGUCUGAGUAGGUUUA